CCGAUUCCUUUUACAGGCAAGAACUGGAAGAUGGAGGCGAUGAGCAGGGCAGUCCCCAGUAGCAAAGCAGAAACAAGGAGAUAAGAUGGUGGCAAAGCUGCUGUUUCUCUUUUUCUUCAGUUUUUCAAUCGCUCCCAAAAUCAAUUUGAAGAUCAUAUGGUUGCAGCAGGAAUUGGUUGAGGCCAUUUUUGCUCAUUUGCAACGCCUGAUUCCGUAGCAGACAUGUAUAUUGUAGCAAAUUAUUGUAAACUGUAGACGCCUGACCGGUAAAUUGUUACGCCUGAGCGUAAUAGACAUGUAUAUGCUGUCGACCUGGGGGCUGGGGCGGCGAGCUUGCUCACCCUGGCGGCGGUGGCGAUCUGCGGCGGCGCUUGGUGGUGGGGUAGUGACGCUGCGCAGCGGGGUGGUCGCGGUCGACGGCGCCGAUGCCGGUCGGGGGCGCUUGCCUGGAGGGAUCGAUCGAUCCAGAGAGAAAUUUCUCUCUUUUGGAUCUGACAGGUGGGCCCAGGGGUAGAAAUGUCCACAAACCAGUAAAAAAAUAUACAAAUAAAAUUAAGAAAUGAGAAAUACAUGAAAAACAGAGAAAACGGUACCAAAUAGACAAAUUAGCAGUUUAGCACUCCUAAUGACAUAUUAUAGAGGGCAUACGAAUUGAGUGGUAAAAAAGUUGAGGCACGCGAAUUUGAUGGGGAGUUGCCAGAUGAAGGCCCAGGACAUGGUGAGCAGAUCAUCAUGCAGCAAGAACAAAGUGUUUGGUAGUCUACCUGUUGAUAGUAUCCCAGAAAUAGAUCCAAGUUACAGGCUUUUCUUGGAACAUCUGAGGGAAGAUGGGAACGGCUAUGUACUUGAUGCGCCGAGAGGGGACCAUGGCUCGCCUGUUUUUCUAAGAUAUGCACAAGAUCAUGCAUCCAAUGGAUAUGCUAAUGCCAAAUCCGGCACAAAUAUCACAAAAAGUUCAUUGCGUAGAAGCCAUUGUAAUCAAAACAGCGAGGGACCAGGUGUAACAUCAGACAAGGCUGGCAGUGCAAAUGCGGGGCAUUGUUUUUCACUAGGUACAUCAUUUGCGAUGGAGACGUCAGAAAUCGAUGAGUCAUAUGCUACAUUUCUGAGACUUCUGAAGAUCAAGAAUGGUCUCAUGGUUAUUGAGCCAGAACCAGGCGUUACCAUUGUAUAUGGGCAAGCAGAGGAGACACCGGUUGGAUAUGAUGAAUUGAGAAUAGCCACUUCCACAAAUGGAAGAGAUUCUUUGAUGACUGCAUUUGAAAACAUGGGUGAAGAGAAUGCUAUGAAUACUGAUGGAGAUGGGCUUGGGAAGAUCAAUAAUUCUGCAUCUGAACGUGAAAUGGAUGGCCUUGCUUUAGAGAACAUGGGUGGUCAGGAUCUAGUCUGCAUAGAUGAGCAUGGACUUCCACCUUGUACUGAACUUUCUGAUUUGAAUGUAUGUGGAGAUGAACAAGGAGAACCUCUUGCUCUUAGUUGUGGCAUUCCCUCUACAUUUGAUGAAAAACUUAAUGAUGUUUUAAGUAAGCCGUAUGACCUAAAUGAAUAUAAAGAGCUUUUGAGAAAAGCUACAGAUCGGAAGCUUGUGAGUAGACAGAGACACUUGCGAAAUGCAUCCAAGCCCUAUGCCACAAGGGCAGUUGGGUUGUCAUUUCUUGAUCACUACCCAGAUCUAGCCAUACAAAUAGAUUCUGCUGACUCUGAUGAGAGAAAACUUUGCCUCCUGCGAAAAUUCUUCUUCUGGUUGGAGAACCUGUGCCACGAGGGGGCCUACAUGCCAUGGAUCGACAAGCCACUAGCUUGCAAUCCGAUCGACGCAGACGACUACGAAACGGAUGACCCGACGGCCAUUGAGAUUAUCCAAGACGGAGACUGAGUCAGUCGGCAUUUGUCUCCAUUGCCAGGUCCCAGUUUGGAGCUGAAGGAACAUGAGCUUCCAUUCCUCCAGUUGGUCUCUGUUGUGCGAACCCACCUUUGCUUUCUGCUCAGCCCUGCGACUUCACUGCACUACCUGCCUGGUUGUAAUUUUUUCUUUUACCUGUAAAACCCUCCUGAAAUGCCAGUUUGGGUUUCAGAGAUUGCAAUCUUGAGUGGCCUGGUUUGGCUGUGCUGCACUGCUACUCUCUGAACUGGUGUUGGGUUGGGAUGGGCUGCGGGAGUGGGGUGGAGUUGCGUGGGCAAAAUUACGUACAAACUUUAUAUAUAUAUUUAUAUAAAAAAUAUAUGUAUAUAAAUCUUAUGCGCAUACAUAUUUUGAUGUAUCAUUUUUUUUA